GAACUGCAGCUGCAUUCUCCGUGUCUGAGCAAGAGGGUCAUUGGCAUCUGAAUAGCUGUGCUUUCCUUUGUCCGGAGGACUGUAAUCAUGAGUGACAAUAAGCCAGUGGUGCUUCACUACUUCAAUGGAAGGGGGAAAAUGGAGUCUAUCCGUUGGGCACUUGCGGCAGUUGGAGUUGAGUUUGAAGAAAAGGUAUUUGAAACAAGGGAGAAUUAUGAAAAAUUGCUUAAGAGCGGAGAUUUGCUGUUUCAACAAGUUCCAAUGGUGGAAAUAGAUGGCAUGAAACUAGUUCAAACUAAAGCCAUCCUGAGCUACAUAGCUGGAAAAUACAACAUAUAUGGGAAGGACCUGAAAGAAAGAGUUUGCAUUGACAUGUAUGUUGAAGGAACCACUGACUUAAUGCAAUUGACUAUGUCAUUGUACUUUAUGCCUGAAGCUGAACAGAAGAAACAACGGGAUCUUAUUAAACAAAGAGCUUUGAACAGAUAUCUUCCGGUUUAUGAAAAAGCUUUGGAAAACCAGGAAUAUUUAGUUGGAAAAAAAUUCAGUUUAGCAGACGUGCAUCUCCUGGAAGCCAUUUUAUCAGUGGAAGAGCUAAAUGCUGAUAUCCUGAAGAAUCUUCCUAAUUUACAGGCUUUCAAAGCAAGAAUAUCUUCAAUUCCUACAAUAAAGAAAUUUUUGGAGCCAGGGAGUAAAAGAAAGCCUAUUCCUGAUGCAACAUAUGUAAACACUGUAAAAAAAAUUCUUCACAUGUGAUAUCAUCAAGAAAUAUCAACAAGUGUGUUCCUAAAAACACAAUGUG